UACUUGGUCUGUCAAAAUUCCCAGUUCUUCAGUAUAUUGGAAUGAUGACAAAGUUAUUUGAAAUGAGCGCUUCGGGUCAGCUUUGGAGGGUUAAAAAAGCUGAUUGAAGGAUAUUAAAAUAGUUUUAUAUGUUAACACCGUUUAUUGUAUUCUUUUUAUGUACCUACCUUUUUAGCAAUUAUCGCUGAAGUUGGAUAAGCAUUUGCUGAAAGUCUUUAUAAUAAAAAAAAGCAGAAGAGACAGCAUAUGAGAGCACCGCCUGUGUGAUUUUUUGUCCGAUCUGACGCAAUCUUAUGUGUUCGAUCCUUUCGUGUUGAACUUCCGACCAAGAGCAUUUGUUUUUUGGCUCUGUUUAUUUUUAAAAUUUAAUUGAUUUAAAUUUUACUUAAUUUUCCGGAAAGACUACCUAUUUGGAUAAAUCUUUUAUGUGUCAAAUUCUAAAGGCUCAUAAAUAAAUAUUAUUUUCAAUUGAUAUUUAAUGUGAUAGAUUGAACACCUGGGUGAGUCACGGGAAUCAUCUCUGUUUGAGACUGUCCAUCUGAGCUCAAUGGUUCUGGGACAUGCUGGGCAUUGCUAGUUAUCACCUGUGAAUCCGCUGACUGCUCAAGGAAUACGUUGAAGUAGGUUCAAUUCUUGAGGUUGCUUCUGCAAUAGAAAAAAAUGCGAAUUACGUCUGUCUUAUUUACGUGGGUGUGGAACAGUUCACACUUUCGUCACAAAUUUUCGUUAUAGAUGGUUAUAACCAUUGAACUAGUUCUACUUGUUCUUUUGAACUUUUCCGUCCGAAAUAUCUUCUUUUGAUCCCACUAAAACUUUAGUUCACUGCUCACACGUGUGGUUCAAAUAAUCAAUGCCUUUUCUUCACGCAAAACUACUGACUGUUGUAUAAAAACUUUAAUGAUGUUUAAACUUCUGCUUCCCGACUAUAAUUCCAACAAAUCAAAUUUCUUUGAUUGCUUUGAUUGAAUCCACAUUUCCCGUCAUAUCAGAUGCUCUACUGAAUUUAGUUUUCAAAAUAGACCGACAACUUUUCGUCACAGGAUGCAAUUGUUUUUCAAAAGACAGUGAAAAGUUCUACUCCCUCCACCACUUUCUUCUACACCUACAAGCGAAGGGCAGUGGCUUUGUUCCGGAAACAUCGAAAACCACUUAAUUAACAAAACUUCUCGGGAGUUAAAAUUUAUUCUUACAAGCAGCAGCAGCAGCACUAACCUUCCCCAAUGGUGUUGUCGGUCAGCCGUGUCGGGAAAAUUCCUCCAGGCUCCAGGCUCAAAGCCCCAAAUGAAUGGAAGAAACCAUCCAAGAAUCUUGUCUCCCGGGCUUUGAUUUGAGGCUGUGAAGUAAGAAGACGAAGUCAUACGAAGAUGGAUCCAGUUGGUUGACAGCUUUCAUCCGGGACGGAGGUUCUUCCGAGAGUGGCCGACAGAUUGCUUCCUGCCAUGUGAAGCAUCCUUUUCUAUGAGUGCAGUUGGGAUUGGGAAUGUGUCAUCCGGAAUGUGACUGACGGCUUUCCGACCAGACCAGAAGAAGCGGGAAAAGCAAACCGAAGCAAAAGGGUUUAACGAGUGUGUAUCAAUUUUCGAACUGAAACAAUGCUCCUGUGGCUGGCCGUUAUCCUCUUAGUGUGUCUGGUGGAGCCCUUCGGAUGUUACAUUGCUUUUUCUUCGCCUUCGCCUGCGUCCUCGUGGGAGAACUUUGAAAGCUUGACGUCAAGCCGGGAGUGGGUGAGUGAGGCACGCAGUCGGAUGCUGCGAAGCAUUGAUAAAUCGGUGCUACUGGUGAAUGACACCAAAGUGUUGAAUAGGAAUUCAAUCAAUACGGCAUUCGAGCGGACUCGACCGGCCGGAAGUGGCCGGAAGCGACAACGGGAGGUGUCCAUUCUGGGACUGUUCGAGCUGAGCACCGGACAGCACGGCUCAAGGCCCGAGGGAUUCAGUGAACUGGCGGCCGCUCAGCUGGCAGUUCAACACAUUAAUCGCAGGGGAUUGCUGUUCGGAUACACGCUCAAGUUGCUGACAAAUGAUACGAAGUGCGACCCAGGCGUGGGGAUCGAUCGUUUCUUCCACGCGCUGUACGCCAAUCAGGACAAACGGAUCAUCAUGGUUCUGGGAUCUGCCUGUUCCGAGGUGACCGAAAGUCUGGCCAAAGUCGUCCCCUACUGGAACAUCGUGCAGGUAUCUUUCGGGUCAACUUCGCCGGCUCUGAGCGAUCGAAGGGAAUUCCCACUAUUUUAUCGUACGGUUGCCCCGGACUCAUCCCACAAUCCGGCACGAAUAGCGUUCAUCAAGCACUUUGGCUGGGACACGGUGGCCACUUUUUCCGAGAACGAAGAAGGUCACUCGCUGGCCGUGAACGAUCUGGUCACCGAACUAGAGCGUGCCAACAUCACCUGCGCGGCCACAAUUUCGUUCGCUGAAACCGAUUUCAAGGAGCAGCUCAUGUUGCUUCGGGAAAAGGACAUUCGGGUAAUUGUUGGAAGUUUUUCGCACGAAAUCGCUCCGAAAGUUUUCUGCGAGGCCUACCAUUUGGGGAUGUUUGGAGCGGACUAUGCGUGGAUCCUGCAGGAUAUGCACAUUGCCUACUGGUGGCUGAUCCGGGAUGCCGUCUGUCCGCUGUCCGUCCUGCUGAAGGUGGUCGAAAAUGUUCUGCUGGUUUCGAGCUACAACAGCAUCGUCGGCAUGGGAACGGCGCUCAGUGGCUUGUCGAACGAAAUAUUCCUGCGGAAGCUGCAGGAGAUGAACGUUACUGGCCCGGUCUCCCAGUACGCUCCCCAAACGUACGAUGCCGUCUGGGCGAUGGCACUGGCACUACGAGGAGCUGAACGAACGUGGACCCAGGUGGCUCAUCCUAACCGUACCAGAUUGUCCCAUUACGACUACACCCGGUUCGACAUGGCCAAGGAGCUGUUGCGGCAGUUCGAUAGUCUGAUGUUCAACGGUAUUUCGGGACCGGUUUCGUUUGAUGGAGCCGAUCGCGUUGGGACAACCUCCUUCCAUCAGAUCCAACAGGGAGCGCUUCGGUUGAUUGCAUUCUACCAUCCGAAGAAUGGAACUCUGGAUUUUGGCUGCGCCGGUUGUGGACCGGUGCGUUGGGAGUCAGGGCAAGUUCCAAUCGCCAAGAGGAUUCUUCGCCUGCGAGUGGACACAAUCGCACCAUUGGCCUUUUACACGGUUGUGGUGCUCUCACUUUUCGGAAUGGCGAUCUCGUUUCUGUUCCUUGGAUUAAACCUUCACUUCAGAAAACUCAAGGCCAUUAAACUGUCCAGUCCAAAGUUGAGUACCAUAACGGUUUGCGGAUGCAUCCUGGUUUACAUGGCCACAAUUCUGUUGGGAUUGGAUCACUCAACCUUACCGUGGUCUUCGGUGACCUUCUCCACAAUAUGUAUGGCCAGGAUUUACUUCCUCUCAGCAGGGUUUUCGUUGGCCUUCGGUGCCAUGUUUGCAAAAACAUUUCGAGUCUACCGGUUGUUCACCCACAGUGCUGGAGGUUUGUGUAAGGACAAGAUCCUCAGAGAUACUCAGCUGAUAUUGGUAAUCGGUGCGUUGUUGCUGCUCGAUGCCUUUGUAGUUUCCUUCUGGAUGGCUGCUGAUCCUAUGGAGCGGCACUUGCACAAUCUGACGUUGGAAAUUAGCGCAACCGAUCGAGGAGUCGUGUACUUGCCGCAGGUAGAGCUGUGUCGAUCACGACAUUACGAGAGCUGGUUGGGAAUGUUGUACGCUUACAAGGGCCUAUUGCUGAUAGUUGGGGUCUAUAUGGCUUGGCAAACUCGGCAUGUGAAAAUCCCUGCAUUGAACGAUUCUCAGUACAUUGGAAUAUCGGUUUACUCAGUAGUUAUUACCAGUGCAAGUGUUGUAGUGCUGGCCAACCUUCUGUACGAACGGGUAACUUUAGCGUUUGCAAUCACCGCUGGAUUUAUACUGAUAUCAACAACAGCAACUCUAUGCCUUCUUUUUCUUCCGAAGUUGAAAGACAUAUUCGAGAAAGGGGAAGUGUAUGACCCGAUCAUUCAUAGUAUGGGGCUAAAGAUCGAGUUCAACACCCGGCGGUUUGUUGUUGACGAUCGAAGGGAGCUUCAAUUCCGAGUGGAAGUACAAAACCGUGUUUACAGGAAAGAAAUUGAACUAUUAGAUGCCGAAAUUAACCGGUUGGAGAAACUACUUAACGAUAGAACUUCUCGAUCGUCUUCACGGUCAUCGGAUACCAACAUCUUACCUUUAGAAUUUGGCGAUGCUUUCAGCAAUAUUACGGUGAGAAAUCCACCAGUAACCGGAGGUGUUCCAAUGCUGCUCCUAUCCGUUUUACCACCGAUCAUUCCACGUGCGAGCUGGCCUUCGGUUGAUCCGAUGCUAUCUCCGAUGAAGCGUAACGUUGCAUUCAGCUCCCAGCCAAGAAUCGAAACAAGUCGUGAUCGCUCAGGUCAUCGAUCAUCCAGCAUUGAGGAAACAGCUAGCGUGUUAGGACGAAUCAAGAACUUUUUCGGUUCUCGGGAACACAGGCUGUCUUCGACAUCGAUCUCAAAUGGUCAGAAUUCAACUCUCCGUCCUUCGACCCUGACAAUUUUCGCAGAGGCCGUCGUAGAAGAAGAAACUUCCCCCAGCAUCGAUCGAACGAGCAAACCGGACAUUUUUACCAUCACCCCGUCGAUCGAAGAGCCACCUCGACUUUUUGGAUCGGAGCCCAAGGUAAACUUCAUUCUUCCUACGUCGAGACCUCCAUUGACGACCGCACAACAGCCAACGAUGCGUGAAAGGAUCAAGGGAUCUCCGAGGUUUCCUCACCGCGUCUGCCCAACUAGCAGUCUGAGCGAGCUAGUCAGCGAUCGCAGACACACUGCACACUGUCUGCAAACGGCCAUUCAGCUACCACCCAAAGUUACCUUCUCGACGGUGAAAAGUGUCGAAGGCCUCUGGCAGCCGAGCAACGAUCAGGCGCACACCAAGUGGCGAUCGAUGGACCUUUGUUCGGAAAAUGCUGGAUAGAGAAUGAGGAAUCGAUCGCGUGUUUGGAAGGUUUCACCGGGUAGUUGGAAACAAAAACCAAAAAUCAAUUUACAUACAUAUAUCACAAAACAAAAAAAAAACAGGAAGCAAUGACCAAAAUUUGUCGGUUAACAUUAGACUGUAGGACACCAAAUCAAUAUAUUACUACUGCGUGCUGUGUUCGGUAGAGCAAUAAAGUCAAAG